AUGAUUGGGUUGCAGUUAUCAAUAUCGCAAAUCUUAUUAAUAUCAGGUACAAUUCUGGCCUGGUGUUUUUACAAGUACUACCUUAAACCUUAUCGUCAUUUGAGAAAAUUGGGAUUAAGUGGUCCCCGUCCUAAACCCCUUUUUGGCAACUUGUUGGAUGGUAAAUCGGCUUCGCAGCACUUAGUCCAAGUAGAAAGACAAGAAAAAUACGGUCAUGUGUAUGGCACUUUAUUUUUUUCCGUCCCUACCAUCUGGAUUGGCGACCCAGAAGUAUUGAAAUCAGUCUUAAUCAAGGACUUCUCCAAUUUCACUAACCGUUUCGGUAUCGCUAAUAAUUUAGAACCGUUUAAUAAAACGUUAGUAGAAUUGAGAGAUACCGACUGGAAGCGUGUAAGGAAUAUUUUAAUACCUACAUUUAGCACAUCAAAGUUGAAGCUCACUUUCCCCUGUGUUGACAAGGCUAGUAAUGAAAUUGUUGUAAUGUUAUUAAACGCAGAAAAAGAAGGCCGUUCUAUUGAGUUAUGGAGGAUUUGUGGCAAAUUUACAAUGAAGGUUAUUCUUGCUUCUGCCUUUGGAAUAGAAUUUGAAUCGAAAGAACAAGAAAAGAGAUUAACUGGUGCUGCUAGUCAGCUAACGAGUAAUUCACCUGGUUUACUGCAUAUACUGCUAUUAUUUGCAACACCGUUAUUUCGUAUUUUAGAGCCACUAUUUGGUGGGCAGUUUAUGAACUCGCUAAAUUAUUUAGCGGAUACUUGCAGAAAUGUAAUUAAGGAAAGGAGGAAAAAUAUGUCUGAAGGCGUUUCAUGCCGUAGAGAUAUGUUACAACAGAUGAUCGAAGCUGGUGAUAACGAUAAAUUAGACGACAAAGAAAUUAUCGCUCAGGCUUUGGUCUUUCUCGUGGGAGGUUACGAAACGACAGCAAAUACAUUAGCGUUUGCCACCUACUUAUUGGCAACAAACCCUGAAAUACAGCGUCGAUUAUAUCAUGAAAUUAAAACAAAACUUAACGAUACUGAUCCUUUAGAUUAUGAUUGUGUAUCGGACUUACCCUAUCUAGAAAUGGUUAUAUUGGAAACAUUAAGAAUCUAUCCACCCGCAUUUAGAGUUACUCGAAAAUGCAAAAAUGAUAUUACAAUUGAUGGUCAUCAGAUCUCAAAAGAGGCUAUGAUUGCUAUUCCUAUCUAUGCUAUUCAUCAUAAUCCUAAAUUAUGGCCUAAUCCAGAGCAGUUUAUGCCUGAACGCUUUACGCCGGAGGAGAAAUCCAAGCACGCAGCUUGCGCAUUUCUUCCAUUUGGCAACGGGCCACGAAAUUGUAUCGGAAAGAGAUUGGCUCUGCUAGAGGUUAAAUUGGCCCUUGUGAAAAUUUUACGAAGUGUAGAAUUAAUUACUACUGAAGAAACAGAUGUUCCCUUACCAUUAAGGUGUGGCAUAACUAUGUCUCCAGCUAAUGGCAUAAAUCUAGGUUGUAAAAGAAGAUAA